AUCUUAUAAGAGACCUUCUUUCUUUUGUUUGUUAACCUAGCUAGACGUUGUUCUAUCAAUCUCAGUGUAUGCUGUAUUUUGGGGAGGAAAUUAAGAAUCAGUUGAUCAAGCUACGACUAUUUAUACGUAGCACUCUAUUAUUGGAGAGUCGAGAUCGUUCGAUCGAUCGAUCAUGUGUAGCAGAGGGCAUUGGAGACCUCAUGAAGAUGAGAAAUUGAAAGAGUUAGUUGCCAAAUAUGGACCUCAUAAUUGGAACGCUAUUGCUCUAAACUUGCAAGGCAGAUCAGGGAAAAGUUGUAGGUUGAGAUGGUACAAUCAAUUGGAUCCAAGAAUCAAUAGGAGUCCUUUCACAGAAGAGGAAGAAGAAAGACUUCUUUCUUCACAUAGAAUUCAUGGGAAUCGAUGGGCUAUGAUAGCUAGGUUAUUUCCUGGACGUACUGAUAACGCUGUGAAAAAUCAUUGGCACGUUAUUAUGUCCAGAAAAUGUAGAGAAAGAUCAAAGAUUUAUUCCAAUAGAGCUGCCCAAAAAUCAACAAACCAACAAGACAAUAAUAAUAAUAACAAUAAUAUCGUCCAAGAUAUCAGAAAAAGAAGUUGCAUUGAUCAUCAUCAACAAUUGUUACAAAGAUAUACAAGUAAUUGUUACCAAUUCAUGACUACUUAUGAUGAUCAUAGUUCCUUUUAUCCGAAGGAGUUUCAUUUCAACCACAUGAUUCCUCUCCAUUUCAACAUGGAUCAAGAUAAGAAUGAACAAGCACUGGAAUGCUAUGAUUUUUUACAAGUGAAUAAUACUGCUGGCUCAAAUAAAAGUGAAGUGAUAGAUCAUAUUGCACUUAGAAGGGGUACGGAUGAAGAAGUGGAACAAGAAAAUGGCAUUGAUAAUAAUAAUAUUUCUUCACAAAGCGAAAAGGCUCCAGUGAGAUUUAUAGAUUUCCUAUCAGUUGGAGAUUCAUCCUAAUUUCUUUCCUUUUAUUUUUUUUUAAUCGUCUAUGAGACAAAAACUUCUCAUUGAAAAAUUCAGUGAGGACAAUAUUUAUAAUUCUGUUUUACAAAUUUAGGACCUCUAACUGGACUGGAUGAAUCCUGUAAAAUUAUAUAUGAAGCUUUUUGCAUGCAUAAGGGACGUGUAUGGCAUGGAUAUUGUUAUAA